UGAUUCUAUAGUGCACUACAUAUUGUAUAUAUGAUCAGUGAUGUGUAGAAUUAAUGAAAAUAAUGAAAAGGUACACAUAAUAUUUAUAAUAUUUUGAAGAAUAGCUUUUAGCAGACUACAAAAAUAUCCUUUGGAUUGCAUUUAGCCCUUUUUCUUUUCACCUAAGUGAAAUCUUAGACAUAUCUUAGACAUACUGCCGAAUGUUAAUGAUUUUAAUGAAUUGCAGGUUUUUUUUAAUCAGUUUAUCACAAUCCUGAUGCAUGCAUAAAGCUGUCAAUGCUUUUCCAUCCAAGCCAAAAUUACACACGUCAAGCAUAAUUGUUGAAUCGGCUGACAUCAUACGCAGCUAUACGUAUAAAAAGCAAUGCAAUAGCAACUGAAGAUAUCUGAGGGAGACAAGAGCAGCCCACUUUCUCUGUGUAGUAACAGUCCCCUGGCAACGGUGAAGAGCUGCAAUUACAUUAAAAAUCCUACAAUCCCUCCACGUCUCACCCUUUCACUUCCCCUCCAUGCAUAGCACCUGGAACAGUGAGGGGCUUCGUACAUCUCAGGAGAACGGUACAGCUUGAACACAUCAGAUUAAUCCAUAAGGUCUUCAGUGGGUUCCUGUAUUGCUUCUCAGUGAUUCUGGUCUUGGGGAAGGCUUAUUCCAGAGGGGCUCUCAGAGUUCCUCCUGCUCGCUCGGUGAGCCUGCACUGCCAGCAUGGGAUCAGGCUCUUCAUCCUACGCCCCCAAAACCAUCUACCUUGACGUGGAUGGCAAAGUACAAAAGGUGUUGUUCAGUCGUCACUGCAGUCCAUGUGACAUUAAAGAGCUUUUGUGUUCCUCUUCCAACAUCUCCAGGACCACAGCUAUAAUGUUAGUGGACCCUGAGGGAGCUCUGGUAUCCAUCGAUCCCACCAUGCCCACCAACUCGCCCAAUUCCCUAUAUAAAGUUGUUCCCCUAUCAACUGGUCAGCUGGGAGAGAAAGAAGACAUGUUUCAGAAUGUGUUAUCGCAGGUGGCAGAGCAGUUCAGCAGGGCCUUCAAGAUCAAUGAACUGAAAACUGAAGUGACCAAUAGGCUGGCUAUGUUGGAGAAGAGAGUGGAGCUGGAGGGCCUGAAGGUUGUGGAGAUUGAAAAGUGCAAGAACGACCUAAAGAAGCUGAGAGAUGAGAUGACUUCCAGAGCCGGAGGAAGAGUGAAUUGUCCAUGUAAGUACAACUUCUCGGACGAUGGGAAGAAAUUAACUCCUAGACGUGAUGUGCCCAGCUACCCAAAGUACACACUCUCUCAGGAGACUAUUGAAGCUCUGAAGAAGCCGACCUUUGAUGUCUGGCACUGGGAGCAUAAUGAAAUGCUCAGUUGCUUGGAAUACAUGUACCAUGACUUAGGCUUGGUAAAGGAGUUCAACAUGAACCCCAUUACUCUCAAACGCUGGCUGCUUGCUAUUCAAGAGAAUUACCGUAGCAACCCCUUCCAUAACUUCCGCCACUGCUUCUGUGUGAGCCAGAUGAUGUAUGGCAUGAUUCACCUCUGCAACCUUCAGGAAAAGCUGACACUGACAGACUUGGGCAUUUUAAUGACUGCUGCAGUAUGUCACGACUUGGACCAUCCUGGCUACAAUAACACUUACCAGAUAAAUGCACGCACUGAGCUAGCCGUACGUUACAAUGACAUCUCUCCUCUGGAGAACCACCACUGUGCUGUGGCCUUUCAGAUCCUCGCUUUGCCCGAGUGUAACAUCUUUGCCAAUGUGGACUCUGAGGCUUUUAAACAGAUCCGUCAGGCGAUCAUCACACUGAUUUUGGCUACUGACAUGGCCAGGCAUGGAGAGAUCCUGGACUCUUUCAAGCACAAAGUGGACAAUUUUGACUUCACCAAUGAGGAACAUGUAACCUGUCUGAAGAUGGUCCUGAUCAAAUGCUGUGACAUUUCUAAUGAAGUCAGGCCCACAGAAGUUGCUGAGCCAUGGGUAGAUUGUCUUCUGGAGGAGUACUUCAUGCAGAGUGACAGAGAGAAGUCUGAGGGUCUACCUGUCGCUCCGUUUAUGGACAGAGACAAAGUGACCAAGCCCACGGCUCAGAUUGGCUUCAUUAAGUUUGUCCUCAUCCCCAUGUUUGAAACAGUGAUGAAGCUGUUCCCACAGAUUGAGGAGAUCAUGGUACAACCUCUGAGAGACUCACGAGAUCAUUACGAGGAGCUCAAGCAGAUUGAUGAUGCCAUGACUGAGAAGAAAAAAACAGAAAAUAUGUCAUUAGGAGGAAAGAAGAAAUAAGCUUUGGGGCGAGCUCAGUGAUACUGUGGAUCUUGCUUUCUGGCCCGCUUCCACAGAGCGCCGGUCUAAGGCUUUGAUAAGAUGCUCCAUUCAUUGGUCUUCCCUGAAGCUGAAGUGGUGUUCAAGACGGUUUCUCACUUUGCUGAAUCCAAAGAGACAUCUGAACUACUCAGGCUUGAGGAACCGGGACAAGGGUUCUCUCAACAUAGCUGCAAACAGAUAGACUGGUAGCCUGUUGGUCUUUCUCUUCUUCCAUUUUAUGUGUUGUCUUAAGCUUUUUAGUAUUGCAGUGUUGCACUGGGACACCUGUUAGAGGUUACAAAUAGCAUUUAUUAUAUUGUAUGAAGUCAGUGCCGAUUAAUGUUACAGAUGAAGCCAGACUGAAGGCAUAAACAUGGCUACAGCGUGACGUACACCUAUUGAAAAUUGCUUCUUAAUAGCUGCAAAACUGAGCACAAUAUAAUCUGUUUCAUAUUGAUUCACUCCUAUAAACUGUGAAGCAGUGUAAUAACAUCUAAUAAUAUGCCUGGAUUUCUUCUGUAUUUUGACUUAAUUUGAAUAGUGAUUGCAGAAUAGAAUCCAUAUAAACACUACAGAAUAGUGUUUCAUAUAAAUUAUUAAUGAGCGUGAGAAUAAAAAAAAUCAACAAAAAGGCAUUGAGUGAUGCAUGAACUCUCUCAUUAUGAUAUAUGGGUUUGAAUUGUGUGAUUUACAUUUUAGAUUGUACUGCACUUGUUUUACAUCCAAAUAUUACUCUGUAUUCAACACCUAUAUAUUUUUUUCUUGCAUUAUUUACUGUUGUCAUUUUGAUUGAUUUUUUUUUAAAUGACUACUCUGGGUAGCACAAUAAAGUCUCACUGAUGAGUUCUUCCUUCA